AGGUCUGCCGCCAUGGGCAACCUGAUCAAAGUACUGGGCAAAGAUUUAGAAAACUGUCCUCAUUUCUUCCUGGAUUUUGAAAGUGUGUCAAAUGGGGAACCUUCUUAAAGUGUUGACUUAUAAUGAGCAUGACCAAGGCCCUAAUUUUUUCCUUGACUUUGAACAUGCUCAGCCCACAGAAGCCGAGACGGCCGUCUGGAACCAAGUGAACGCUGUCCUGGAAGAGGCUCAGACCAUCCUGGCAGAACUGCAGUCCUACACCGGUGCUGGUCAAGAGAUCCGGGAGGCGAUCCAGAACCCCAGUGACCUGCAACUUCAAGAAAAGGCCUGGAAUGCUGUGUGUCCUCUUGUGGCGAAGCUGAAACGGUUUUACGAGUUUUCUCUCAGGCUUGAGAACGCCUUGCGGAGCUUGCUGGAGGCCCUGACCAGCCCCCCCUAUGCCCCCACCCAGCACUUGGAGAGAGAGCAGGCCUUGGCCAAGCAGUUUGCAGAAAUUCUGCACUUCACCCUCAGCUUCGAUGAGCUCAAGAUGACCAAUCCUGCCAUUCAGAAUGAUUUUAGCUACUACAGAAGAACCAUCAGCCGAAAUCGAAUCAACAAUUUGCAGCUGGAUGUGGAGAGCGAGGUCAACAAUGAGAUGGCCAACCGGAUGUCCCUCUUUUACGCCGAGGCCACCCCGAUGCUGAAAACUCUGAGCAGUGCCACCACCAAGUUUGUCUCGGAGAACAAAACCCUCCCAAUAGAAGACACGACUGACUGCCUGAGCACCAUGGCCUGUGUCUGCCGAGUGAUGCUGGAAACUCCGGAAUAUCGCAGCAGGUUCACUAACACGGAGACCCUCCUCUUCUGCAUGCGGGUAAUGGUGGGGGUCAUCAUCCUCUACGAUCACGUCCACCCAGUGGGGGCAUUUGCUAAGACCUCCAAAAUAGACAUGAAAGGAUGCAUCAAGGUUUUGAAGGAGCAGCCCUCCAACAGCACAGAAGGCCUUCUCAAUGCUCUGAGGUACACCACCCGGCACCUCAAUGAUGACACCACUUCUAAGCAGAUCCGGGCUUUGCUGCAAUGAAACUUCCUGGAACAGCCAUUCACCAGAGACACAUGCAAGAAACCUCCGGCAAAAAUUUUAAUGUUGACAUGUUGCUAUAAAUAGUCAUCAUAUCCCUCAUUUUGUAAAAAAAGAAAAAGAAAAAAAGUUAAAGAAGAGCAGGUGAGAUUGUCAAUGAAUAUAUAUUAUAUAUAGAGAGAGACAGAACUGCAAUAGAUAUUCCAGCUCCAAGAUGACCCCCCAUUCAAUGCUGGCCAAAGCGCAGGGACUAGUCCCUUGUCUCAAGUGGCCAUGCUGUGCUGAUUCCAGCCCCAUCCAUGCUGGGGUGACCAGCUCCCCUGCAUGUCAUAUCUUUGGAGCGUGGAGGAAGAUUUCUUCCGAGCCUUUCUGGGAUCAUAAGAUGACUCUACAAGCAAGCCCAGAUGCCAGGAAAGUGAGAAGGAAGGAUGGCUGCUCUCUUACCUGAGAUGUAAAUAACCCCUCUGGAAAAGCUUGAUUGAAUGAAUGGGCAUGAGCACCAUCAUUAAGCCUUCAAUUCUGAUUCCAUUCUUAAGUGGCUCAGUCACACCUUUUAGAUUUUUAAUAUGAGCAGCUGCAACCAUCCACCUAUUAUUUUGAACAUUUUUGUGUCAAAAUAAAAAGAAAAGUUAAUGUGUGAGAGAUCACAGCAUGAUUUUCUGCUUUGCUUUAAUCAGCGACGUCUGUGCUUGUCAACACUGGUUGGGUCUGUUGCCCCAAAUGUGGCCUCCACUGUUAAGCUGAUUUCUUGUAUGUACCAGAGCCUGCCCCAGUUUGGAUCCAUUUUUAGGUCACGUUGCCACCAGUCUUUGCUCCUUGUAAGGCUGAGGAAGGGAGCUCCAGGUCAAAGAGAGAGCAAGGAGGCAUUUUAGCCAAGACCUUACAUUCCACUCUGGGAAAACCAGAGGGCUUUCCAUUGGGCUACACAGCUUGAUGAGAGAAAGGAUAUCACUAGGAAUAUCACUCAAAUCUCCACCGCAAUUUGCAUGGAAAUAAGUAUUUAUAGAUAGAAAAGAAACCUUUGAAGAGGACAGAAGUAAAACCAGAAAGGGAAAUCAAAGUAAAUAAGCAGAAUCAGUAUUUGCCCAGCUUAAAGUAGUGGGAUAUAAAGUCUUGGCUGAAAUACCUUCUUGUUCCUUUUUCUACAACAUUCAGCCAAACUUUGCCCUUUUCUAAUAUAAUUCCUUUGCCAUUCCCAUUUCUGGAACAGAGAACCAUAUUUUGCCUUCUCUGAAAUAUUGUUUCAGGUACUUUAAAGUUGCUCUCAUACAGGAGAGAGAGAGGGAGAGGGAGAGAGAAAGGUUUUUGGGCUAAACAUUCUUGGCUCAA